UCUGAACAUGAAGGCCCAAAAGUGCUGCGCCCACUGUCCAGGAAUAAUUGUGCCAGCAAAAAGCAACGAGUCGCACGAGUGUUGCCAGCCAAAGUAUAUUUCUGGGAACUUGAGAAUACCUUCUUUAACGAAACACGUGUCAGAAUGUUCAGAGCAAAGAGACGUCGAGAAGAAUUGGCCAGGAAUAUCCCGAAAAAGUCAAUCACCUUGCUACGACCAAUUUGCCUUGGCAAAGAAACUUCACGCGGAAAAUCUGGAGCAUCAACCUCUACCCGAUAAAGUCGAGGAUGCCGUCUUUAAGAUAGCUAUACCAAGAACGUCCUGUCAUCGAGUUUCAACGAAAACGGGAAAAUGUUGCGACUGUUGCGGUGAAGAAUUCAAAGACCACGCUAAUUUAUCGAACAAACGUUACGGAUCAGCCCUAGGUUGCAAGGAGCCGAGAACGAAAAUGGAUUUGGCGAUCUGUUGGGAGACUCCUAUAGAUCCUGUCUACGAGCCACCCAAACCCUCUCAUAUCGAUGGGUCCGAUGGUGGACUCGCACCCGCUAUAUUCACACUUGUUCAACGUGGCCCGAAUUCUGGAUCGUCUCUUUCUUCUGAGAUUGGAAGAAACGAGGAGUGUUGUCAGAGUCGAUGCAAGGCACAAAGAAAAUCGGUAAAUAAUUCAAAGUCUGAUCGUUAUGAGAACGAGAAUAAAGAUAAGGACCUCGAAGGAGGUCCCUGUGAAUGUCUCUGCAGAAGCUUGAGCGGUGCGAGUAUUUCGAACAAGGCUCGAAUCGAGGAACAACCCAAGAGGGUGUCCUUGAAAAAGUGCGUGGCUUGCGAGCCAAGGAGUUUCAAAGAUGAUCCUAGAUUGAUCAAAUCGGCCGUUGGGUUGGCAUUGGGCCUUGAAAAGGAACAGCGCGAUCAACGAAGAAACGGUUCGAAAAUAACGGUGCCAAAGCCCAAGACUCCUUUUGCGAAAAGAAGUUUCCGCAUCGACACCUUGACUCCUCCUUUCAGCGUCGUAAAUGGUUGCAGAGGUACCGAUUACCCAGAACACUGGAGACUCAUGUCCGUUUACCAACAGUCCUACAAAAAUCCGUAUAGACGGAGGAACUAUCGUUGAUACGUUCGUUAAUAUAAACUACUUAAAGUCACUUGUACUAAAAAUCAAGCUGCUUAGGAUUAGCAUUAAACGUUGUUAAAGCGUAGUAUCAAGACGAAUUUAGCGUUCCGUUUGAUGCGACGGCACAUCUUUCCUAC